AUGGCAGGGGGCAUUACAUGUUCUACACCCACAUCUGUUGAACAUGCAGACAUCCGGGUCAAGAGCUACAGUCUGAGUUCCAGGGAGCGGUAUAUAUGCAACUCUGGCUUUAAGCGUAAAGCUGGCACUUCCAGCCUGACCGAAUGUGUGCUUAACAAGAACACCAACACUGCCCAAUGGACAACUCCCAAUCUCAAGUGCAUCAGAGAUCCCUCCCUGGCUCUACAAAUGCCUGUGUCACCCUCCACAAUGGCACCAGCAAGAGUGACCCCACAGCCAGAGACUCUCGCGCCUUCUAGAAAAGAGCCAGAAGCUUCUACCCCCAAGUCAGAUACCACACUGACCACAGAGACAGCUAUUGUACCGGGCUCCAGGCUGAUACCAUCAGAAUCACCUUCUACAGAAACCACAGGGGUAGUCAGGAAUGAGUCUUCCCCAACCCCAUCUCAGACAGCAACAAAGACUUUGGAACAAGCUCUCUCUGCUUUCCACAUGACACCAGAUGCUUCUUCAGCCAAUUCCACAGCUGUUGCUGUAGAGUCCACAGUUGUCACUGUGACAGUCCUAGCUGUCAUUUUGCUCUGUGGAGUAAUUUUUCUGGUAUAUUGCAAACGAACAAGGCAACAUCCCCCAACAUCGAAUGCUGAAAUGGACAACAUGGAACAUAUGCCAAUGACUGAAGGAACUAGCAACAGAGAGAAAGAUACAGAAGACUACCAACAGAACUUAUGA